AUGCAUAACCUUAAGCUAGCAGAGGAAAGAGAAUACUCGAAUACUCAGCAACAGGAAAUUAAUAAUUUGAAAAUGGAUAUUACUAUACUAUGGAAACAAGAGGAAAAGUAUUGGGGUCAGAGAUCUAGAGUGAAAUGGCUGAAGUUUGGCGACAAGAAUACUGCUUUUUUCCAUGCUUCUACCAUUCAACGAAGGGACAGGAAUAUGAUUGAGAGAUUAAAGGAUACUAGUGAAGAAUGCAAAAUCCCUAUUAGAUUGACUAAAGAUAUGAAUCGAGAGCUAAUGAAAGAGGUUUCUGAUAAGGAAAUCAAAGAAGCUACUUUCAGCCUUGGAAGUCUUAAGGCACCAGGUCCAGAUGGAUUAAAUAGCCUUUUUUUCCAAAAGCAUUGGGGAAUUAUUGAGAAAGAGGUCUCUUAUAAAAUUAAGAUCAAUGGUAUUUUGUCAAGAAGUUUUGUGCCGCAGAGGGGACUAAGGCAGGGAGACCCCCUUUCGCCAUACCUGUUUAUCAUAGCAGCUGAAGUUUUUACUAUCCUUAUGGACAAGGCUAAAGAAGAGGGUAGAAUCUCUGGUGUCAGAAUUGCUCCUACUGCUUCAGCCAUUUCUCAUCUCCUCUUUGCGAAUGACUGCAUUAUUUUCUCGAAGGAUAGUGAGGAGGAAGUUCUGAUCAAAAAUAGAGUAGAAAUAGAAGAGAUCUUAGGGUUGUCUGCUUGGGAUCAACCAGGUAAGUACCAUGGUCUUCCGGCUCAGUGGGGUAGAUCUAAGAAUAAAGCUCUGAGGUGGAUUGAGGAGCGUGUGUCUGAUAAGCUUUGCGGUUGGAAAGAAAAACUUCUUACUCAGUCUGAGAGGGAGUUUCUCAUCAAAUCGGUUAUUCAAGCGAUACCUGCCUAUGCUAUGAAUGUCGGCCUCUUUCCUAAAGGUUUUUAUCACCGUCUUUGUCAGAAAGUGGCUAAAUUUUGGUGGGCCUCUACUAGUAAGGAUAGGGGUAUCUAUUGGAGGAGUUGGGAUAAAAUUUGUGCUAGCAAAAGGGAUGGAGGAAUUGGUUUUAAGAAUUUUUAUAGUCAAAAUAUAGCACGCUUGGCAAAACAAGCAUGGAGAGUUUUCGAAUGCCCUAAUGCGGUCUGGGUUCAGGUGCUUAAGGUUGUCUAUUUUCCGAAUGAGGAUUUUAAAGUAACUAAGGCAGGAAAGGGAGCAUAUUGGAUCUGGAAAAGUAUUGUUCAUGGUAAGGAUUUCCUUUUGAGAAAUGGGAGAUGGUUGAUUGGGAAUGCAGAAAAAAUGAGAAUCUUGGAAGAUAAUUGGAUAUUGAACAUGAAGAAGAGUCCUGAUGUUAUGAAUGAUGACGUCACGUUUGUAAAGGAGCUAAUUAGUGAAGGACAGGGGUGGAAUAUAAACGAGUUAAGGAAACAUUUUGAUGGAGAUACUAUAGGGAAGAUCAUUAGAACCCCGGUGAGUGUUAUUGGUAGAGAAGACAAAUUUAGUUGGCCUCUUAAAACAGAUGGGAAGUACACUAUCAAAACGGGAUAUCAUGUUGCCAGAAAAGAGCAGCAUAUCGAUAAUAACAAUAGCCCAUCAACUAGUGAUGACUUUAAGGACUUAUGGAGGGACAUUUGGAAAUUAAAAGUGCCUCAAAAGAUCAGAACCUUUCUAUGGAACCAGAGUCCACUGAGCAUGCGCUACUGCUCUGCUCUUGGACAAGGGCUGUGUGGUUUGGAGCCCAAAUUCAGUGCUGUCCUACGGCCCAUACAGUCUCAUAUUUUGGAAAAUGGAUAA